AUGAAGAUAAUUUCUGUGGACAGUCCUGUCUUGAAGAGUGCACAACUCCUCAGGUCACUAAUUGUGCUGUGUUUUAUAUGGAGUGUAUUAGUGGUGGUGAGUGCUGAGGAUUUCUACGAUCUCCUGGGGAUUCCUAAAAGUGCCACUACCAAGGAAAUCAGAAAAGCAUUUAAGAAAUUAGCCAUUACCAAACAUCCAGAUAAAAAUCCAGAUGAUCCUAAUGCUCAUGAUCUAUUCUUGAAACUGACACGUGCAUAUGAAGUCCUGAAAGAUGAAGAUUUGAGGAAGAAGUACGACACUCAUGGCGAGGAAGGUUUGAAGGAAGAUUUCCAUGGAGGAAGGCAGUAUGAAAGCUGGAAAUUCUACCAGGAAGAAUUCGGAAUCUAUGACGAUGACAAGGAAAUUAUAACUCUGAGCCGGUCAGACUUUGAACAGUCUGUAGAGGGAACAGAGGACAUCUGGUUCAUCAACUAUUAUUCCCCUCACUGCGGCCAUUGUCAUGAUUUGGCACCACAUUGGAGGGAGCUUGCCAGAGAGUUGGAGGGUGUGAUCAGAAUAGGGGCAGUGAACUGUGAAGAUGAUUGGCAACUGUGUAGGAUGCAGGGCAUCCGUUCCUACCCAUCUCUCAUCAUGUAUCCAGCGAGAGAGAAAUAUCAUGGAGAGAGAAUGACGGGGGCGAUGGUGAAGUAUGCAUUGAAACAGGUCAAGGCCUCAGUAAUAGAUCUGUGGAACGGAAACUUUGACAGUUUCACUAAUAACCCUGAGAAUGACCGACCCUGGCUCAUCACAUUCUGUGGUGAUGGGGGAGACUGUUUGACAAAGAGCACAUGUAUCAAGCUGGCAGCCAUGUUGGAGGAACUUGUAAAUGUGGCCAGACUAGACUGUCAUAACAGUGAGGAUAUAUGUACACGUCUAGGUGUCGAGUAUGGAACCAUAUUCUACGACAGCCAGGAGGUCGUCAAGGGAGCAGGUCUGAAAAUCACAAGUUUGUUUGCCCAGGAAAUUGCACAUCAAGUCAUGUCCCAGCUACCAGAUGUGUCUGUCCUGAACAAAGCUACAUUCAAUGAGAUCAAACAGAGGCUGAAAAAGGGACAGAAGAGUGUGUGGCUGAUCCAUUUUGUAGAAGGAGAUGCUGAUCAAGACAUUGAGUUUAGGAAGUUACCAGGCAUGCUUAGUGACUUUAAGAUUGGCCGUGUUGACUGUGAGCUGAUGAGGACAGAGUGUAACAGUGUACAUGUCAUCAAGUUUCCUAGUUUCCUCGUAUUUAAACAGACGGGUGGCUAUGAAAUAUACUAUGGUCGGAUGACGGCCCACGAUGUGGCUGCUUUUGCACGUGACAGUGCUGUAGUUAAAGUGGAAUCAUUAGGUAAAGAGGAUUUCCACCACCACAGAGUCGGACCAGACAGUUCUGACACCUGGUUCGUCGAUUUCUUCGCUCCGUGGUGUCCACCGUGUAUGAGGCUGUUACCAGAGUUCAGGAAGGCAGCAAAAAGCUAUGGGGAAGUGGUUAAUUUUGGCACCGUUGAUUGUACAAUACACUCAGACAUCUGUCGUAUGUACAACAUCAAUUCCUACCCGACCACCAUACUUUACAACGCUACAGUUCCUAUACAAUACCACGGCCAUCAUCGAGCUGAUGACUUAGGAGAGUUCAUAGAAGACACGCUGAAUCCUCCAGUGAUAAUCCUCGAUUUUAACAACUUUGAUAGGCUGGUGAGGCAGAAGGAUGAGGGAGUUAUAUGGGUGAUUGACUUCUAUGCCUCCUGGUGUGGACCCUGUCAGCAGCUUGCCCCGGAGUGGCGAAGGCUUGCCAAGAUGCUGAAGAAUACCAAGAAUAUUUUUGUCGCACAAGUUGAGUGUCAGAAAGAGGCAGCGCUGUGUCGACAGGAAAACGUAAACUCGUAUCCCAGCAUGAGGCUGUAUCCUGCUGAUUCUCAGAAAGGAAGUGGUUCAUUUUUUACGUACAACGGCUGGCAUAGAGAUGCCCAGUCACUACGAGCUUGGGCGUUCGAAUUCUUACCAAGUAAAGUAGAGACACUGCGUUACUACAACUUCCACCAGAAUGUCUUGUCCAGCUCAACUCCAUUCAUCGUAGACUUUUAUGCUCCCUGGUGUGGACAUUGCCAAGUUUUUAAACCGGAAUUUGAAAAAAUUGCAGAGGCACUUGAAGGUCGUGUGAAAGCAGGCAAGGUCAACUGUGAUGAAGAUCGUAAUCUGUGUCAACAGGCAGGUGUGUCUGCCUACCCGACAGUCAGGUUCUAUAAAGGGGCACGUAAAGGGAUGGCUCAGCACAUGUAUGGACAAGAUAUUGACUUCCUAGAUGCAAAUCAAAUUAUCAGAUUCAUCAAUAGAAAGAUUCCAGCUCAAAAGACAUCCCACGAUGAGUUGUGAAGACCAUUUGUGAUCUUUCGACAUCGCCAGUGAUAUUUUUCUUAAACUUUAGUGC